AUGUACCUUAAACAAAUAAGUAGCCCAACAACGGGGAGCAAGAGAAAGGAAACAACCCGCCAAACCAGUCUUGGCAUCGAAAGCAGGCGGUGGCGCAAAACCGCUGCCCGCAUAACAUCAUCUCUAUUCCAGUCGUCUUCUACCACUUCCCACGACCAGAAAACAGAAACCAAAGACCCAAAAAUGGUCUGCUCAAAAUGCCAAAAGAAGAUAAAAGCCACCGAGCUCGCCACACCAGGCGUCAAGCGCAAAAACGACAUCUAUUACGGCUCGCCAUCUAGUUCUGGAAGCGCCGACAAGGGGAAAACCAAGUCGACGCUAGGCGCAACGGGUAUUGGAAAGAGCAAACUCCUCAGCGCGAAAGCGAAGAAUCCUUAUGCUGCUUAUGCUUCGGCUUGUGAGAAUUGUAAGGUGAAGACGGAGGUGGGGAAGAAGUUUUGUCAGCGGUGUGCUUAUCAGAGGAAUGCUUGCGCGAUGUGUGGCAAGAAUCUCUCUGGCAAGUCGUCCAAGGACCAGCCUAUUGUCCAAGGGCAGAAGUUCAACAUGGCAUGA